AUGUGCUUCAACAAAACAGAGACGCUGGUUAACUACUCCUUUGGAACAUGUCAACGGAGGAAGCUCUUUCCUCACUUCCACCCCCCAAACUUGUUGGGGAACAAGUUUCUCCCUCUUAGGGGAGUGCCCCACAGAGGGCCUGGAUGUUACAUAGCAGAAGAUAGGUAUGGCUUGGCAUACAACCUCUCUAAGAUCCCGACCAGUACAAAAGGAUAUGCUUUGGGAGCCAGAACAGCCGUGAGGUUUAAGCCAAUCAGCAAGGAUAUGACACCUUACCCAGGCAUGUACCAAACAGUCGGUCCUCAGGAGCAAACACACAAACAAAAUUUUGCUCCAUUUAAUGCCUUGUUGCCUCGAUUUAGGACAUACUCUAAGGACACUUGUUAUCCUGGCCCUGACACAUAUAACCCAGAGAUAAAGGCACCCAAAAAAGUCACCUGGCCAAUGAAAUUUGGAUCUCCAGACUGGGCCCAGAUUCCAUGUCUACAGAAAAGAACCCUGAAAGCUGAGCUGCCCACAGACAAAGACUUUAGAAAGCAUCGGAACCUUGUGGCAUACCUAAGCCUGUAUUACAACUGAAAAGCUGUGACUACCUUCACGUGUUCCUCCUGACCACAGACUCUCCAGGAUUGAGGACAGAGCUGCUUUUGUCCUUCUGCAUUGCUCUGGCCUGCCUGUCUGCCAGUAUGGGGCACAGGGAGGGACAAGGGGCUCAUAACUACU